GCUGUAUUUGUAGCGGCUGCCCGGGGCUUGCGGGUGCGUGGGAACCCGCGGGGCGGGUGCGGGUGUGUGUGUGCGGGUGUGCAGGGCCGGGGGGAGGUUUCUUGCACACACACACACACACACACACACACACACACGAAGGAACAGCCCCGCUCCUGCCCCCCCUCCCCUUUCCCCAUCCCACACCCCCCCCCUCCCGCCCCAUCCCGGCUCACACCAUGUUUCAGCCGUCCGCGAAGCGCUGCUUCACCAUCGAGUCCCUGGUGGGCAAGGACACCCCGCUCGGCCCCGGGGACCCCCCGCGCCCCGCCGCCCUCGCCUACCCCGGCCCCGCCGCUGCCGACGCCGCCGCUUUCACCCCCGGCUUCCCCGGUGCCGCCGCCGCCGCCGGCCGGGCCCUGUACGGUAGCGCCGAGCUCGUCUUCCCCGAGGCCGUGGGGCACCCGGCGCUGCCCGUCGGGCCCCACCAGCUCGGGGGCUCGGCGCUGCCGCCGCCUCACUCCUUCUUCGGGCCGCAGCACCGCGACCCGCUCAACUUCUACCCCUGGGUGCUGCGGAACCGCUUCUUCGGGCACCGCUUCCAAGGGAGCGAAGUGUCCCAGGAGAGCCUGCUCCUCCACGGCCCCUUCGCCCGGAAGCCCAAGCGCAUCCGAACCGCCUUCUCGCCGUCGCAGCUCCUGCGGCUGGAACGGGCCUUCGAGAAGAACCACUACGUGGUGGGUGCCGAACGCAAGCAGCUGGCCAGCAGCCUCAGCCUCUCCGAGACCCAGCCGGAGCUGUGGGUGUUCCCGGUCCCCGCCUGGCUCAUCCUCACCGGGCUCUGCCAAGCGAAAACCUCCCAAGUUCCCGGGAGGAAACUGUGGGAAUGCGCAGGGAUGGAUGCAGGGACGGUGCCCUGAGCCCACAGGAUCCUCCCAAAGCUGUUUGUAUCCUCAUAGAAAUAAGCAGUAAAAUCAGAGCAUCCCGACCCCCGGCCCCGCGGCUCGCAGGGUGCGUCCAUAGGGACCCUCCAGCUCCGCUCCUUUCCCUUCUGUCACCUCUCCGGGCUGAAAACGCUGUGAAAAGCAGGGACAAAAAGAGCCCAAACAACAAAACCCAGAGGUCAAAGAACAAACAGAGACUUGUCUGGGCGGAAAGGGCAGCGGCGGGAUGCCCGGAGGGGAGCUCAGCUCCGCGCUGCCCCGAGCCGCAGAGCGAUAAUGCAGUUUAUUAGGGGAAAAAGCGGAGGCAUCCGUCCCUAAAUCCACGCGGAGAUCUGGCAAUGGGAAGAGGCAUUAUAGAUAUAGAAGGAAUGGAUGUUUUGCUGCGCUGCACGGGGUUCUCUAGGAUGCUGUUCCCAUUGCAGGCGCCGGGCGCAGGGCAGGGAGCGAGUGGGGUCGUUCGUCCUUCCUUUCCGCAUGGCUCCAGGCAGAGAACGAGCUGGGAAAGGGCUGGGAUUGGCAGCAGCGGUUUGCAGGGGGGUCUGUGGGCUGGCAGGGACCAGAUUUUCCCCUUGGGCUUUAGGAAAAUAGUCUUUUUUUAUGAAUCUUUUAAUUAUUUGGAGGGAAAUAACCCCAAUGUGCAAAGGGAUGGGAUACAGGAUGAGCAUCAAAGCACAGGAGAGUGGAAGAGUCAAC